CCGCGGGUGCCGCCCCGCGCCGGAGCUGCCGCUGUCCGCGCCGAGCCCGCGCAGCGCACCGGGCCCGCAGCCCUCAGCCCUCAGCAUGUUCCCCCGGCCGCCGCCCCUCUCCUGCGACACCUUCGUGGCGCUGCCGCCCGCCGCGCCCGGGGGCCGCGUGGUGUUCGGGAAGAACUCGGACCGGCCGGCAGAUGAGGUGCAGGAGGUCGUGCACUUCCCGGCCGCCGCGCACCCGCCCGGCGCCGCGCUGGAGUGCACCUACAUCAGCAUCGAGCAGGUGGAGAGGACCCACGCCGUGGUCCUGAGCCGCCCCUCCUGGCUCUGGGGGGCCGAGAUGGGCGCCAACGAGCACGGCGUGUGCAUCGGCAACGAGGCGGUGUGGGGCAGGGAGGAGGUCUGCGAUGGGGAAGCUCUCCUCGGCAUGGACCUCGUAAGGCUUGGACUUGAGAGAGCAGACACAGCUGAAAAGGCUCUUACUGUCAUAGUUGAUUUGCUGGAAAAAUAUGGACAGGGAGGAAACUGUAUGGAGAGCAACAUGGCAUUUACAUACCACAACAGUUUUCUGAUAGCUGACAGAAAGGAAGCAUGGGUGCUGGAGACAUCAGGAAAAUACUGGGCAGCAGAAAAAGUAGAAGGAGGUGUACGGAAUAUUUCCAACCAGCUCUCUAUCACAACCAAGAUUGACAAGGAACACCCAGAAUUGAAGGAAUAUGCCAAAAGCAAUGGCUGGUGGGAUGGGGAAAAGGAAUUUGAUUUUGCUGCCACAUAUUCUUAUGUCAAUACUGCCAGAAUGACCACAUCUGGAGGCCGAUAUUGUGAAGGCUAUAAGCUUCUGAACAAACACAAAGGAUCUAUCACUUCUGAAAUAAUGAUGGAAAUUCUUCGUGACAAAGAGAGUGGCAUUAACAUGGAAGGUGGAUUUAUGACAACUGGCAGCAUGGUGUCUAUACUGCCUCAGCAGCCUAAUCUGCCCUGUGUUCACUUCUUUACUGGAACUCCAGAUCCUGCCAGAUCUGUAUUCAAGCCUUUCAUUUUUGUGCCCGGUAUUACUCAGUUAUUAAAAACUACAUCCCCUACAUUUGGUCAUGAUGAUCCAGUUAAGAAGCAACCACGUUUUCAGAGUAAGCCAGAUCGAAGACAUGAGCUCUAUAAAAAACAUGAAAGUGCUGCUGUAGUUAUGGAAACUAUCCAGGACAAAGGUAAAAAAAUGCUCAAAGAGAUACAGGAGUUGGAGAAACAGAAGAUAAGUCAAAUGGAAUCAAUCCUGCAAAAUGGAUGCCUUGAUACCAAACAAAAUAGACACGAGUAGAACCACAUCUCUUAAUUUUACAAGGGAGAACGGCGCAACAGUUUUCUGAGAGCUCUGAGGAAGAAAUACUUCCAACUUCAGUAGUGAAGGCAGAAGAGGUGGUCACUGCCUGUCCUU